AUGGCGCUCCUGGCGGCGAUGCGCAACAUCGGGGGGCGGGCCGAGGCGCUGCGCCAGAUGGGGGCGGAGCUCUUCCAGAAGAACGAGCUGGUCUGGGAGUGGAUGCGCGGGGUGCACGCCGACUCGCGGGGCCUGGGACUGCCGUCUGCCGUCGCCCCGCCGCUGCUUGCGGAGGACGUUCGGGCUUCGUUCCCAAAACAAGGCAAGGCUCGGAUGGUGCUCAAGCGCCCCUCUGCAACCAAGACCAAGGACUGGAAGAACGUGCCGUACGUCAGGGAGAAGGGCGCGACGCCCGGCAGGGGAUUGCGCCGCGAGCAAGCAAAGUGGAAGCGCACGGUCCCAGUGCUCUUGGCGGCGUCUGACUCGGAGAUUGUGAACAUCUUGCUGGAGGACAAGCUGCUCGUCGAUUGGACGGGGGCGACUUGUCCUAUCUGCGGGUGCGGCACGCUCGGGGAGUUAGUCGCCCGUCCGCACAAGGGCGAUCGCCUCUUGCACCGUUGCAAUGCGAAGUGCUGCCAGAAGCACGUGUCCCCUGCCCACCUUAACCCAAUCUUCAGCACGCACUCUGGUUCCGAGAGCCCGCAGAAUCAGGCCGUGAUUCUUUUGGCGAAGCUCACGGGGACCUCCCACGCGAACACCCACAUCAUGUUCGGCGUCAACCACAAUGCAGUGGAGCGGAUCUGGAGCAAUGUGUGGGCAGACGUGGAGGCUGACGAGGCGACCUUCGACAAGAUGGACUUGGCUGACGGCCCCGAGCCUCUGGGAGACCCGACUCACCCCGUCAUGUGGGAGCAGUGGUUGGGCAUUGUGCAGCGCGGGAAGCCACGCACGCUGACCCUUACGAGGCUGAGCCCCGAGAUGGCGGAGAAGCGGGCGCCUGGCCCUGGGGCCGCGCGCAAGGUAGAGCGGAAGCCCCUUGCGGAGCGCUGGUUGAAAGGCCGCGACGUUGUCGUUCACAGUGACUCGGCGCGCUCCUACAAACUACGCGCGCCUGGUGUCAUCCACGACUUCGUUGCCCACAAGAAGAAGUACAAGAACGUCGGCGGCAAGAGGAUCAUUGACCGCGCGUGGCGCUUCAUCAAGGACCGCCUGCACAGGAGCGCCACCGCCAAGGCAGGGACUAAGCUGCUUGCCGCCAAGACCCGCUCGGCUCAGUACGACUACUGGCACAAGGACGACGACUUGUGGGCCAAGACGGGGGAGAUGGUGCAACACAUCAUGCGUGACGUGCUGAUGGCGCGAUCGGCCCGCGGCGGGCCCUCUGCGGUAGACUGGGGGUAA